CGAGUUGCAGAACGCAAAAGAUGCAGAAUCCGUUGAACUCGUUCUCGAUGACACCGCUCGACACCAGCUCAGCCCAGAUCAACAAAAGAAAGGCACUUUUUACAAAGAGUUCGACCAGCCAUUGUCAGUCAUCGCUGCAGUAUGCACCCCCUCCCCAUUCUAACCUUGGUUGAUGCAACCGAAUCUUCCAUACGUGGCUGGUUGACUGUAACUAACGCGAUUGUUAGAACACUUACACAACUCUCCGUCUCCGUACGUCGUCGAAAAGAGGGAAGAGCCAACCCGUCGUCCGAAUCCCCCACGAUCAGCUUUUGCGAUGUUGUUUCCAAACUGCAAGGGAAUGAGUGUCGACAUCGAUGGGGCGAUAAAGUUAUCAUCUUCAAAGUUUUACCCCAAUACACUCCAGUCGGCCUGCAUGAUGUUCCGAGUCCAAGCGCAUCCAUGUCUACUACAGAUUCCGAGGCCGUACAGUUUUGUCACCCUUUUCGGGUCUUGAUAUUUGGUCAGACAGGUGUUGGGAAGUCUUCUUUGAUCAAUCAGGUCCUCCGCAAGGAAGCUGCACAAGUAGAAAAGGAUACACCAGGGACAGCAGACAUCGAGAAAGAACUGACGAACGGCACAUUCAUCUUGCACGAUAGUCAAGGUUUCGAGCCGGCCGAAAGCGACAAUUAUAGCGUUGUGAAGGCUUUCAUCGAGCAAAGGAAGAGGAAACAAGAUAUCAAGGAGCAGCUGCAUGCCGUCUGGUUGUGUUUCCAAGUUCCCAUUCCAACGCACGGUGAACGGCCUUUGGAGGAGCAUGCGGAAACGUUUUUGAACGAAGCGAAAGAAGUCCUGGGUAAUAUCCCAAUCGUAGUCGUAUUCACCAAAUACGAUCGCCUCUUGACUUUCAUGCGGGCAAAAUGGAAGAAACCAGAUCCAGAAAAGGCCGCAGCAGAAUAUCUGCAAGAAAAUUGCAUCGAUGCAAUUAAGAACGUCUCGAAAGAUAGUGGUAUUUUGCACGUAGAAUUUAGCUCGAGACGCAAACAUGAGCGAGGAUGUGACAAACUGAUAGAACUCACUUGCAACAAGGUGUCUCGUUGCUUCGCAUCCUGGUCAAAUACAGCCUCCUGUUAACUAGGGGGUAGGGGCUUAUGAAAGCCACCAGUAACGAAUGACCGACGAAAUUUCAUGAUUUGUAUCAUUUAUGGGACAUGUUCUUGGAAAUACUCGUUUGCGCCUAAGAGGGGUGAUGAAACUUGGUCCUUACAAGAGGAUAAGCAUUAUGGAUGAGGACAUGGACACGGCCAUUCGAAUAUUUUGGUUCGGCGCGAUGUGAUUCUCGGCGGAA